CAGGGGAGGGGAGCGAGGGGGCGGGUGCCGCAGGAGGGAAGGAGCGAACCGGAGACCGUCGUCCUGAGAGGAGUAAAGGCGGCAAGAUGGCGGACCGCUUCUCCCGCUUCAACGAGGACCGAGACUUUCAGGGUAAUCACUUUGAUCAGUAUGAAGAAGGACAUUUGGAAAUUGAACAAGCAUCACUUGACAAACCUAUAGAAUCGGAUAAUAUUGGACAUCGCUUACUCCAGAAACAUGGGUGGAAGCUGGGCCAGGGAUUGGGAAAAUCUCUUCAAGGGCGAACAGAUCCCAUCCCCAUUGUUGUCAAGUAUGAUGUCAUGGGCAUGGGCCGCAUGGAAAUGGAGCUCGAUUAUGCUGAAGAUGCUACCGAACGACGCCGUGUCCUAGAAGUGGAAAAAGAAGACACAGAAGAAUUAAGACAGAAGUACAAAGAUUAUGUUGACAAGGAGAAGGCAAUUGCUAAAGCACUAGAAGACCUCAGAGCUAACUUUUACUGUGAACUCUGUGAUAAGCAAUAUCAGAAACAUCAGGAAUUUGACAACCAUAUCAACUCCUAUGAUCAUGCCCACAAACAGAGAUUGAAAGAUCUCAAGCAGAGAGAGUUUGCUCGAAAUGUAUCAUCAAGAUCCCGGAAGGAUGAGAAGAAGCAGCAGGAAAAAGCACUACGAAGGCUCCAUGAGUUGGCAGAACAAAGAAAACAAGCUGAAUGUGCACCUGGAAGUGGUCCCAUGUUUAGACCAACUACGGUGGCCGUUGAUGAAGAAGGUGGAGAUGAUGAUAAAGAUGAGUCAGCUACUAACAGUGGCACUACCACAUGUGGCCUAGGAUCUGAGUUCUCCACAGAUAAAGGAGGCCCUUUCACUGCAGUACCAAUCACUAAUGCACCUGGACUGGCACAGGCAUCCGGGUUAGCCUCCCAAGGUAUCAGUUUUGGCAUUAAGAAUAAUAUGGGGACACCAUUGCAAAAGUUGGGAGUUUCAUUUUCCUUUGCCAAGAAAGCUCCAGUGAAACUUGAAUCAAUAGCAUCAGUUUUCAAGGACCAUGCAGAGGAAGGGACCACUGAAGAUGGAACAAAAAUGGAUGAGAAGGGCUCAGAUCAAGGAUUGCAGAAGGUAGGAGAUUCUGAUGGUCAUAGUCAUCUUGAUGGUAAAAAAGAGGAUGAAGAUCCUCAGGAUGGAGGAUCCCUUGCCUCCACCUUAUCUAAGUUAAAAAAAAUGAAGCGAGAAGAAGGAGCUGGGGCUACAGAGCCAGAGUAUUACCACUAUAUCCCCCCCGCACACUGCAAAGUAAAGCCUAAUUUUCCCUUUCUGCUCUUUAUGAGAGCUAGUGAACAAAUGGAAGGUGAUAGUAGUACGCAUCUAAAGAAUAUGCCAGAGAGCAAAAAAAGCAGCUCUCCAAAACCUAAAGGCUGUAGCAAGGUGGCAGCAAGCCAAGGAGCAGAAAAGACAGUCAGUGAUGCCUCUGAGCAGCAAACAGAAGCCAGUGUGAAUGAGCCUUCAGAACCUGGAAGCAAAGCUGAGACAAAGAAGGCCUCAGGAGGAAGUGUUGCUGAGCAGAGUUUAGAAGGUCAGAGUGAGAAGACUUCAGAAAUUGAAGUGUGUGAGACUAAUCCUCCUAAAGAAACACCUCAGGCUACCCCAGCAGGGAGGGAAAGCCAGGAGGGACCAAAACAUCCAACUGGUCCUUUCUUCCCAGUUUUGAGCAAAGAUGAAAGCACUGCCCUCCAGUGGCCAUCAGAACUAUUGAUUUUUACCAAGGCAGAACCCUCCAUUUCAUACAGUUGUAACCCUUUAUACUUUGACUUUAAACUUUCAAGGAACAAAGAUGCUAGAGCUAAAGGAACAGAAAAACCAAAGGACACACGAGUCUCUUCUAAGAAUCUUGAUCUUGGGGAUCCAAAUAAAAGCAAGGAGGGAGAAGAGAAUGUAGAACAUGCAGCUGCUUCAGGAUCUGCCUUUAGCAGCCUGAAUAAGCAGGAGCCUGGGGGCAGCCAUGCAUCAGAGACAGAAGACACAGGGAGAAGCCUUCCUGGAAAGAAGGACCGAUCUGGUAAGUCCCAUCGACACAAAAAGAAAAAGAAGCAUAAAAAGUCCAGCAGACAUAAACGGAAACACAAGACUGACCCAGAGGAGAAAAGUUCAAAGGCAGAGUCGGGGGAGAAGUCUAAGAAGCGCAAGAAACGAAAACGAAAGAAGAAUAAGUCAUCAGCCCCAGCAGAUUCUGAACGGGGACCCAAACCAGAACCACCUGGAAGUGGUAGCCCUGCACCACCAAGAAGACGACGACGAGCUCAGGAUGAUUCCCAGCGGAGGUCCCUUCCCUCUGAAGAAGGGAGCAGUGGCAAAAAGGAUGAAGGUGGAGGUGGUAGCAGCUCCCAAGAUCAUGGUGGAAAGAAACACAAAGGUGACCCUCCAGCUUCUUCUUGCCAGCGGAGAGCUAGCACCAAACAGAGUAGUCGGUCCAGCCAUCGGAGUCAACCCAGUAGUGGAGAUGAGGAUAGUGAUACUUCCUCACAUCGACCACACCAGAAAUCUCCACCUCAGUAUAGUGAAGAGGAAGAGGAAGAAGAUUCAGUUAGUGAGCACUCACGUAGCCGUUCAAGGUCUGGUCGACGCCAUUCCUCACAUCGUUCCUCCAGGCGUUCUUACUCAAGUAGCUCAGAUGUUUCCUCAGACCAGAGCUGCUAUAGUAGACAGCACAGUUACUCAGAUGACAGCUAUAGUGACUACAGUGACCGAUCACGAAGGCACUCCAAGCGUUCCCAUGACUCUGAUGACUCAGACUACACCAGUUCCAAACACCGAUCCAAACGGCACAAAUACUCAUCAUCUGAUGAUGACUAUAGCCUCAGUUGCAGUCAGUCCCGAAGCCGGUCUAGGAGUCAUACCAGGGAGCGUUCAAGAUCACGGGGACGCAGCCAUAGUAGCAGUUGUAGUCGCAGCCGGAGCAAGCGGAGAAGCCGAAGCACUACAGCCCACAGCUGGCAGCGGAGUCGAAGCUACAGCCGGGACCGCAGUCGCAGUACCAGAAGCCCUUCCCAGAGGUCAGGCUCCAGGAAGGGCUCGUGGGGUCAUGAGAGUCCUGAGGAGAGACGUUCUGGCCGUCGAGAUUUCAUUCGAUCUAAAAUCUACCGUUCUCAGUCUCCUCAUUGUUUUCGAUCAGGCCGGGGAGAAAGUUCUGGGAAGAAAGAAAAUGGCAGAGGAGAUGAUGGUAAAGGGACAGCCCCACCUUCCCAGAGUAACAACAUUGGUUCAGGAAGGGGUUCAGAGGGUGACUGCAGCCCUGAUGACAAGAACUCUGUUACUGCCAAACAGCUACUGGAGAAGAUCCAGUCAAGGAAGGUAGAGAGGAAGACCAGUGUGAACGAAGAGGUGCUGGCCACCCCUAAUAAAGCUGGACUCAAGCUCAAGGACCCCCCACAAGGUUACUUUGGGCCCAAGCUUCCCCCUUCUCUUGGCAGUAAAUCUGUUCUUCCACUGAUAGGGAAACUUCCAGCUACCCGAAAACCAAACACCAAGAAAUGUGAAGAGUCUGGCUUAGAAAGAGGAGAAGAGCAUGAACAGUCAGAGACAGAAGAAGGACCUCCAGGGAACAGUGACACCACAUUUGGACAUCAGUUUCCCUCAGAGGAAACAGCUGGCCCUUUAUCAGACCCACCCCCAGAAGAGCCAAAGUCUGAAGAAGCUACUGUUGAUCACCCUGUGGCUCCACUAGGCACCCCAGUGCAUUCAGACUGUUAUCCUGGGGACUCAGCCAUUUCCCAUAACUACCUCCCUGACCCCAGUGAUGGGGAUACCCUAGAGUCCUUGGAUAGUGGCAGUCAACCAGGUCCUGUAGACUCCAGUUUGUUGCCUGUAGCCCCAGACCUUGAGCACUUCCCCAAUUAUGCGCCUCCCAGUGGGGAGCCUAGUAUUGAGUCAGCUGAUGGUGCUGAGGAUGCUUCACUGGCCCCCCUGGAGAGUCAGCCCAUCACCUUUACCCCGGAGGAGAUGGAGAAGUACAGUAAGCUCCAGCAGGCUGCACAACAGCACAUCCAACAGCAGCUUCUAGCUAAGCAAGUAAAGGCAUUUCCGGCCUCUGCUGCCCUGGCCCCAGCCACUCCAGCCCUGCAGCCCAUCCAUAUUCAGCAGCCAGCCACAGCCUCAGCCACCUCCAUCACAACUGUUCAGCAUGCCAUCUUACAGCAUCACGCUGCAGCAGCUGCUGCUGCCAUUGGCAUUCACCCUCACCCUCAUCCCCAGCCGCUUGCCCAAGUCCAUCAUAUUCCCCAGCCACAUUUGACUCCCAUCUCCUUAUCCCACCUUACUCACUCAAUCAUCCCUGGCCACCCUGCUACCUUUCUUGCUAGCCAUCCCAUCCACAUCAUUCCUGCAUCUGCCAUCCAUCCUGGACCCUUCACUUUUCACCCUGUCCCACAUGCGGCACUGUACCCCACCCUCCUUGCCCCACGACCUGCUGCAGCUGCUGCCACUGCCCUCCACCUUCACCCACUACUUCACCCCAUCUUCUCAGGUCAGGACCUGCAACACCCUCCCAGCCAUGGCACAUGAGCUGGGGAAGGGAACCCAGGUAGGGCCAGGGAAGGUGACCCAUGGAUCUUCCCUUGAGGGUGUUGAGCCAUUAAUACCAGCAAGUAGAAGUUUGGACGAGCAGUGUCUGACAGCCAAAGAAUCGAGUUUUGGCUUGCAAGGGUGGUUUAGAUUUGAGGUUUGCUUUGGGUUAACUUUCAGGGAUUUUUUUUUUUCCUUUUUCCCUGUUUCUGUUUGUCCUCCCUUCUCCAUGUUUCUGAGCUAAUAAACACCAGUAAGUGCUCCCCACCACUCUGCAGCAACAUCUCUACACUGUCAAGAUUACUCUCCUCCUUCUGCUCUUCCCUUCUAUAAAAUUUAAAACAGUCUCCUCUCUGGCUGGUGGGUUGUCCACCUGUUCCUGCCUUCUCAGUGUCUUUGACCAUCCCAUGGUGACCAUAUGUGAUGCCUGUGAAUUAGAAAAGGAGUCUGACCUAGAACCAGAUGCCACUCAGGCUGUUAAUCUACUUCCCACAUAUACAGAGCCACAUAUUUGACACUUGUCCUCACGUCCUUUGUCCCAGAAGAAACAUCUGCAUAUCCAAGAAAAGAAGAUCCUAUCAUGAACAGAAGCUAUGUGGAACAGUGUGCUUCCCCAGAGGAGCUCAUGUGUCUGAAGGGUGUACUUUCUUCUGUCAUGCUGAUGUUUCCUUCUUAAUUUAUAGGAUUUUUUAAUGUAAAAACAAAUUGCACUGAACUCUAUAAACAUAAAUGCUGCUUUUUGUAGCUCAUAUUAAAAAAGGUUCCAUAUUUGUAGUAUACUGCAAUAAUAUUUUUUACAUCCAGCUCUUUUAAGUGAUCCUUGUUCCUGGUGGCUUUGUGUAAAUAUGUUUGCCCUAGUUGAAUUAAGAAAAUUUAAAGGUUAUAAAAAUGAAAACAAAAAAUAAAGUAUUUGUUUUCUGCUAGAUGCAAAAAUGACUAAGCAUGUAUAUUUUAUCAAGCUCAUGUAUUUUUUUGAGGUUAUGAACUACAAAUGUAAAAAAAAAACAAAUUUUUUUCUGAGGAAAAUGUUGAAUAAGUGGUGCCCCAGCUCUGGGAUUUAUGAACUAAUUGGCAGUACUUGGCUGGGGUGAGAAAGGGAUACUCAGUUAUGACAGUCUCUCAUGUGCUAUUAAACAGAGAAACAAGUGGGCCUCAUGAAGAAGAGAUUCAAGAACUUUAUUCUCUGGAAGCAGUGAGAUUCAGAGUGAUUAAGAGGUCCCUGGGUUUCCUGGGUCCCUUGUUCCACACAGUCCAUUUGCCUUCCUACUACUUAGCCCCCGUCUUGACAAUUUUUUUAAUGUGCCUUUUGGGUUGGCUAGAAACUGAAGUAGAGAUAAAUGGGAGAUUGAUAGAAUUGGGAUAGUUUUUCCUCCUUUAAUUCGGAGGUGAGCACAUUUAUACAUACUGCAAUUUUUUGUUUCAUUGUUAUUUUUGCUUUCCAUGUCCUCUGACCAGCUUCAUUUAAGCAGUAGGUGAUUCAUUCCCUCCUCCCCCCCUGCCCCCCCCCCCCCCCCCCCCCCGUCCAUGAUACCAGAGGUAAUUCCACCUAAGUUCUUCCUCCUCCUCUUGCCUUUCACCUGGCUAUCAGACCUAGUUAGCAGUUCCCUGUCUGGCAUUUCUCAUCCUUCCUGUGGCUAGAAUUAGUUGGGUAAUCAUCUGGUAGGAAUAAAACUCUGCUUACCUGGAUCAAGACUCUGGUCUGCCUUUCUUCUCAGAUUCUCAAAAAAAAGUUUUGAGUUUAUGAGAAGCAACUGAUGGGCAAAUAAGGCUCUUGACUUUAGCCUUUUUCCUGUUCAGUAGGAAUAAAACUCUGCUUACCUGGAUCAAGACUCUGGUCUGCCUUUCUUCUCAAAUUCUCAAAAAACAAAGGUGUUGAGUUUAUGAGAAGCAACUGAUGGGCAAAUAAGGCUCUUGACUUUAGCCUCUUUCCUAUUCAGUGUUCCUGUCUGAUUCAGAAGCAUCACUUUUUCUAUAGCUAGCACUGGAAAGAUGAAAGCUUCUGUUGCACGUGGAGGGACUCAUUCUUUUUGUUCAACCCAUGUAAAUAUUUAAAUAAUACAGUAUUAACAUUUUGUGCUGCUUCCCAUUAGCUUGUAGAUUGAGCCAUACUCUGGCUGCCUCUGCCUUCCUGGCAGCAGUUUUCUUUAAUUUCCAGAAUAGUGAUUUUAAAAUUAAAAAAUUUAAAAAAAGGAAAAGCAAAAUAACCUAUCCUUACUUACAAGCAUAACAGAUUGUAUUUAACUUUAUCACAUAUGAUAGAGAUAUAUAUGCUGUAAAUAUAGGGAAAGGAACUUUCUAAUAAACCAGUGGUUUCUGGAAA